UGAUGAUGUUGCCUCACAUGUUGAUGACGUAACUCACUAAACGUUCAAAAUGGCGGCGACAAACGAAAGGGUUAUUUAUGAGAAAGAAGGUGUGUUUAUCCACACUGCCUUGGCAAACUCCGAUGACACUCUUCUUGCAGGAAAAGUCUCCUUGGUUGAGAAGGAUGGUGGAUUCGAUGCCCAGCUAGACUGGAAGGCUGUAGAGGAGUCUAAUUUUGAGGUACAGGGCAGUGAAGGGGCGGGACAGCCGACAUGGGGCACGGUGAGCUUUCACAGAAGUGCCGCAGAAACUGUGGCAAGUCCUGAGUCGGUGAACUUCCAUGCCAAGAAGAACAGAUAUGCCAUCAACUUCUCCCUGUCGGAGUUGAAGUCCAUACGCCGGUCGAGCCCCAGUCUGGGCUGGUCCUACCUGCUGUUCGUGCUCAAGGACGGCGCGACCUUGCCGGCUCUACACUUCCACGAGGGCGGCAGCAAGGCCAUGAUGAAAGCCAUGGAGAAAUUUGUCAGCAUCACACGGUCGCCUCAUGACAACCGGCUGUUCACGGUCACCCCAAACGACACCGAGGCAUUGUCUCGCUCCUUUGAUGAGCUGCAGCUGUUUGGGGAGAGUUCUGGAGACCUGGUAUCAAACUCCAAUGUUAAGGGGAAGGCCACACGAUUUCUGAGGGCGGCGGGUCAGACAAAGAAGAAGUUUUUCCGAGACCCGUACACCACGACAUUGGGAGGCUUCUCCAAGGUCACCAACUUCCUCCGGGACACGCUGAUCGCGCCCAAUGGCCACCCGACACAGAGACCGCCGGACGAGAUGGCUGACCUGCUCAGCGAGGAACUGCCCGGACUGGACAUCCAGCCAACGGAGAACGAGUUUGACCUCAUCACAAGGGCUAGUCUGGGUCCCAGACCAGACGUGGAGCGCAGACAGCCGGUCGGACCUGAACAGUGGAAGAACCAUCAGGAUGGGGAGGGCAGGAUCACCAGCAUUCCACUGCUGAGGGAGGCAAUAUUCCGUGGGGGUCUCCAUGCAUCCCUGAGAAAAGAAGUGUGGCCGUUCCUGUUAGAGUAUUACAAGUGGGACUCCACACACAAGGACAGGCUGGAGCUCAGGAAAAGGAAAGAAGAUGACUACUUCCGUAUGAAGCUGCAGUGGAAGUCUAUCACAGAAGACCAGGAGAGCAGGUUUACUGAGCUCAGGGACAGGAGGAGUCUUAUCGAGAAAGACGUGAACAGAACAGACAGAACACAUCCGUUCUUCGAGGGAGAACAGAAUCCCAGUCUGACCCUCCUGUACGACAUCCUCAUGACCUACUGUAUGUACAACUUUGAUCUGGGUUAUGUACAGGGUAUGAGUGACCUCCUCUCACCCAUCCUAAUGGUGAUGGAGAAUGAAGUGGAUGCCUUCUGGUGUCUGGUGGGAUUCAUGGACAGAGUGCACCACAACUUUGAGACAGACCAGCAGGGGAUGAAGACACAACUGAUCCAGCUCCAGACUCUGGUACACUUCCUGGACCCCCAGAUGUACACCUAUCUAGAAUCGAAGGAGUCUGCCAACAUGUACUUCUGUUUCCGCUGGCUGCUGAUCCAGUUCAAGAGAGAAUUCUCCUUCCCUGACAUCAUGAGACUUUGGGAGGUGCACUGGACAGACUACCUGUGUCAGAACUUCCACCUGCUGCUGUGCAUGGCCAUCCUGGACACCGAGAAGUCAGCCAUGAUGGACAACUACCUUGGGUUUAACGAGAUCCUCAAGCACAUAAACGACCUGUCCUUGCACAUAGACGUGGAGGAGAUCUUGAAAAAGGCAGAAGGCAUCUACAUCCAGAUCGCAGAAUGUAAGGACAUUCCUAAACCAAUCAGAGACAUCCUUGCCAUCAAGUCGGAACGCGACGCAGACAACGGAACGUCGGCGACGGAAUCAGCGGAUUCCGGAGGUUCCGCCAGAUCAGCGGACAGUAGUAUAGAGAUCGUGCCUGAUCAGGAAGAAACCACUUUCUAGACGGGGGUGCUUAAAAUGCUGGUGACAUGUAAAAAUAGGGAUUUUUGCCUUGUGCUAGUUUUCUUAGCUGUAAGGUUACUACUAAGUAUUUACCAAGCUGCUAGAGGAACAGCACAUUUAAUUGCUACUUAAACAUCAAAGAAGCUUGAAAAUGCUUCUUAAAAUUUGUACUAGCAAAUCUGAUAUAUGCCAGGACACUUCGAUAAAUUAAUGUGAAGUUCUUAUUUAUAUAUAGUUAUAUUUUGACUUGUUGAGAUUUCUGAUAUUUAGAAAUCUUAGUCUACACUUUAUGAAAAGUGUAGCAGUAGUACUGAUUUGUGAAGGUACAUGUAUAUUAUGAGUGUGUGAUUGGGUGAGGUGUCACUAUGAAUAAUGUAGACUUAGUCCAGUAAAUUGUUCUAAAUGGUUACUGUGUACUAUACAAAUUAGAUCAGUACCAGUAAUACUCUAGUGGACCAGUGAGUGUGUCUAAUGUCUACCUACCAUGUGAUGUACACAUGUUAAUGCAAUACAUGCCCGUAGCUUUGUAGGUUUGUCCAAACCCCCCCACAAGGCUCAAAGGUCCACUUUUUGGUCCACUU